GACCAACCGCCACCAUCAGCAGCACCGCCACCUCUACCGACGCUAGCACGGCUCAGCUGUUUCUGUUUACCAAACAAAGGAGCCAGUUCAACGGUGGACCGCGAACUGCGCGUUUGUGUUCGCGCGUCAGACGUUAGUUCCUCCUCCUUGUUGUCGUUGUCGUAACAAUUUUGUGCACUUCGUGAUCACAUGAAAAGCUAAUCGCUAUCUUUCUCUCUUUCUUUCUGUAUCUUUCGAGUAAAAUAUAUCGCGCUUUUGAAGACGCUACUGAUGCGUUCCUAUCGUGCGGUCAGUGAGGAAGAAGAAGAAGAAGAAGAAGGUUAGGAAAAAGAGGAGGAGGGGGUGAAGAUUCGAGGAUCGAAGGGCAACCGAAGAGGAAGACAUAGCAAAUGUUGUAAGAAUGCCGUCGCUAUUGGAAGCCUUAGAGCUCAAGUACGGUAGCUCGACAACAGAAUGCUCGUUGACGGACGACGAAGGAGAAUCUGGCUCACCGAAAGCAGCUCUCUCAGUCAGCAUUUUCAUUCCAAAAAAAUCACCACGUCAUACGGUACCGGCAUUGUUGGUCCUGCAGGACUGCGAUAUCGAGUGUGCCGGUAAUGACGAUGAAAAACUACGUAACAAAUGUAAGAACGUUGAGGAAUUGGACCUGGCACAGAACAAGCUCUCGCAAUGGACUGAGGUCUUUGGUAUACUUCAGCACAUGCCCAAGAUCAAGUUCGUUAAUCUUAGCUUCAACUGUCUCGCCGAGGUGUUGGAGAUCAAGCAUGGCAACUACGAUCUACUGAGGAAUCUCGUAUUGAAUGGCACCAGAGUCUCCUGGUCGACGGUUCAAGGCUUAAUACGUUUGCUACGUAAUCUUGAAGAACUUCAUUUGUCCUUGAACGAGUAUAAAACUGUCGAUUUAGAUUAUCGAAAGGUAGAGAACGUUAAUAGAUCAUUGAAGAAGUUACACUUUACUGGGAAUCCCGUUGAAGUUUGGAAUGAAAUAUUGAAGUUAGGCUACGUUUUUCCGAAUCUGGAAAGUCUCGUUUUAGCCGAAUGUCCGAUUAGAUCUCUUGGACUUGAAGAAAAUCGUAAUUUAUCUAACGAUCGUGAAGAUCUUCGGAAGCAAAAUGAGGAUUCGGAAAAUUGUACGCAGGAUAACGAGAAUAUGAAUAACGUUGAUGUCGAAGGACGUACAUCGGUUGACGAAUCGGGUAAACACAUUAUCACGGAGAACAAAGUCAGCUACGAUAGGUCAGAAUCGGAAUCAGAGUCCAGUAGUAAUAAGGUCCCAUCACCUCACGAUCCUUUUAGAAUGCUUAGGUUCUUAAAUAUGAAUGGAACAUUGUUGGGAACUUGGGACGAGGUCGAACGACUUUCGAGAUUUCCUGCAUUGAAAUCUUUAAGAAUUCACAGCUGUCCCUUAUUCGAAAGUCCUCGAGAAUACACGGAACAUGAAAGACGUCAGUUGUUAAUAGCAAGGCUUCCCAAUGUCGAGACUUUGAAUGGUGGUGGAGUAAUCUCGUCGCAAGAACGCGAGGACGCUGAAAGAGCCUUCAUUCGUUACUACAUGGACAAACCGGAAGCUGACAGACCAGAAAGAUAUUCGGAGCUUGUGGCUAUUCAUGGGAAAUUGGAUCCUCUAGUACACGUUGACCUAACACCAGAGAAGAGGGUCAAGGUAACAUUCACUUACGGAGAUCUUGUCGAGGUACGAUCGGUAGAUGUAUAUAGAACAGUUUUCGAAUUAAAAACAAAACUGGAAUCGAUGGUGAAAAUACCAGCGAAUAGGAUGAGACUCUUCUACGUAGAUCAAGUGAUGAAGGCACACCAUGGACCCGAGGAGAUGUUGUAUCCUAACAAACAACUCUAUCGGUACAAUAUUAGCAAUGGUGACGAGAUCAUAAUAGAUAGCAAAUUGAAUCGAUGCGCAUCAGCACCUUCGAGUACGUCUUCCAUACGAUCCUGAGAAAAGUCCACUCAAGACUUGGAAACUUCCUAAAUGCUCGAUCAUUUUCUUCGGUACAUCGAUUUUCGUAAAUCGACAUGAUCAAUACGAUACAAAAAAACGAAAAGAAAGACGAUCGAAAAAGUUUUUUCCAUAUACGGAUAAUAAUUGAGCCUCGUCGAUUCGUCGAGAUCGAGAGUCUAUUAAAGUUUCUUAUUCUGGGAACUCGAAUUCGAUGAGAAAAAUGAGAUAAUACAAUGAUUAAAAACAAUAACAAUUUUUAAAGAAAAGAAAGAGAGUUGAUAAUGAAAAUGAAAUUCGUCAUUACGCUCUUAUUGUUUUUAAGGAGAAUAAAGAAAAGAGGAAGAAGGAACAGAAAAUGAAGAAGGAGAUAAAGUACAUGAUAAUCUUGACAGUUAAAACACGAUAACACGUCGACCAUAAUUUCAUUAUAUAUUCACGAAUUCAAAAAAACGUUGCGAAGUACGUACAGUUACAAAUAAUUAAAGAAUAUUACGAGGACAAGGAUAAUACGUAUGAAGCUCUUGAAAAGCGUUUUCAGAACAGACUAUUUUUUAUGCUUCGCAUAUAAUUUUUCAUAAUUUAUCAUCUUAUGAUGCGGUUGAAUGAACAACCGAUACUACUAGCUAUAAUUACUAACGUUAUAACAGACAUAAAUAAAAUUCGUAAAUAAAAUCAAACACAUGUCUCUAAACGAUUUACGUUUGAUAGAAUCUUCUCUCAUAAAAAAAAAAAAAAUAAUUCGACUCGAUGAUGAUUCUCGUUGUUAAGAAUAGAAUGAACUUGAAAAUUGAAAGCAAUAACUAUCAUGUUUCUUCAUUUAUUCUUACAUUAUCAAAUUGAAUUAUACGUACAUAUGUAACAUCGAUGAGAAACAAACGUGUAUAAUUGUACGACAAACGUAAUUGAUAUUCCAUUUAAAAAGAGAAUUUUAUCCUGUGUCUAUUGUCAACAAGAAGUCUGUUGUCGAUGUAUCAUCAUCGAUAGAAUUCGUGCAAGAUGUGUUAUAUAUUUUAAAAGAAAAAAAAGAAAAUUAUGCUUUAUACGAUUCUUUGUACUUAAAAGUCAUAAAAGAGAAAUGAUUUAUGCGCUAGUUCCUUUGCACGUUAAGGGAAUCUCGUCGUAAAUCGAUGAAAGACAAACGUAAUGAUAAGAAUAAGAUCCAACGAUAAAUCCGUAUGGCUCUGAUAAAAAGCAAAAGUCCAAUAUAUGAGCUGGUGAUUAUGAAAGUGGUUUAAGUAAAAAAUUACAAAAAUAACAUUAGUUUAUUAUGUAAUUCGUAUGGUUAUAGCCUAAUUAAAUGAAUUACGCAAUAAACUAAUUUGCUCAAAGUUUCUACUUAUUAUUAGACAACCUUCAUAAUAACCGACUCAUACUAAAAAGAGAAACUCAUAUAUAUACACACAUACACACACACACACACACACACACACACACAUACACACACAUAUAUAUAUAUACCGUGCCAAAAAACAGGGUCUUCAAUCGAUUUCUCGGUCGUCGAAAAUAUCUCAACGACGAAUCUAUUUUUUUGGAUUUAAUUAUUUUGAUCUCUCGAUCUUUGCAAAUAAAUCUAAUUUCCAAUUACAAUUCCCUACUUGUUAAUAACUUAUGCAUUUAAUAUAAAAUAACAAAUAACUCUUAAAAAAUCGAAACGUUUUAUACACAUGCAAAAAGAUAAUAGAAUGAAUUAAAAAAAAAAAAAAAAAAAAAAAGAAAUGUAAUCAUUAAUUUGUUUGUAAUGAACAAAUGUAAAUUCGUUUAUUUUUUCUAUAUAUAUCACAUCGUCUCUUAUUUUUUCUUUACUACAUAUACAUUCAUACGCACGCACUUACGCGCGCGCGCAUACACACACACACACACAGAUAUAUCUAUUUAUCUAUCAGUAUAUUUACUCAUAUUCUAUAUUUAUACAUUUCUCCUGGAAACUUUAUAUGUAUUUUCUUAAAAUGAUUUCAGUAUUUCUUUCUUGCAUAUCAAGUAGAUCAUUAAUUGUAUAUUGGACUCGUAAUUCUCAUCAUUUCCCAAAGAGACAAAGAUACGUUUAUCUGCUUCUUCUAGUUAACCAUCGUCUACCUAUCGCAUGGCUCUCGAUGAAAUCUGUCGAUCUUCUUACUCUCAAUUAUACGAGCUUCUAGAAAAGCUUACAUAAAGAUUUCAAGCAUAAGAUUCCCUAACAAAAAUUUAGACAUUAAUAAUUUAGCUGAAAUUUAAGCAUAACUAACAUUUCAAACUAAAGCAACCUUUAAAGUUUUUUAAUCGAUCCUCUUAACACGUUAAUUUUUCUUACACGUUUGUUAAAAAUCUUUGCACGAUAGUAAAGAUUAAUGGAUAUGUAUCUAUGAAAAAAUUGAGUCUAUUUCGAUGGACUUUAAAUAAGAGAGAGAGAGAGAGAGAGAGAGAGAGAGAGAGAGAGAGAGAGAGAGAGAGAAUGUUGCGUGCUUAUAAAAUGUUGCGUAUAAAUGUAAUAAUAUUAUUUUUACAGGCUCGAGCAAUGUUAGUAGAGUAACUUGUAGAAUCGUUCGUUAAUGUUUUAUAAAGAGGUCGAUGAGCGUUGUUUAUAAGUUGUAACUUGCGCGUUAUUAAUAAUUAUUAGAUCAACGUCGAAAUUAGAAAAUCUCAAUCAUUCGUUUGUCCGGGACGAACUUUAAAGAGUCACUUAGUGCCUAUCUUCUUAACGAGCUUUUCUGCUCAGAUAUUUCUACCACUGCCUUGUAAAUACCGUUGAUAUAUGUACGGUAAUCCAGAUUGGCAAGGCACUGUAUAUAAUUAAAAACCAAAAAAAAAAAAGAAAUAAAAAAGAUAUAAAAGAAAAACAAAAGGUAAAGAAAUAACACGCGAUUAGUAUUUUCUCAACAAAAAAAAAAAGAAAAGGAGAAAAUUUCUGUCGGUCUAUCAUACCUGUAAUUAUGAGCCUCGUUCGAUCACAUGCUAUCAAAUUGGUGAUAAAAAUUAAAAAAUCAAGAAAAGACAGAUGGAUGAUAACCGCAAAAGUUGUUAGAUUCUGAUCUCAAAAUUUCGUACGAUGUUUUGAUUCAAUAAUUGCAUGUAUGUAUGUAUACGUCAUACAUCGUUUACGAAAUUGGAAAAGAAUCGAGACGUAUGAUUUUCUGCAGAUAGGAAUCGUACGAGAAAGUGUUAUUUUUGUUUUCGCUAUUGUCUAUCGAUUGCUGCAUAAGAUUGCAUUUCUUGUUUUUUACUUUCUUGAUUUAAUUCGAUUCGAGGGUUUCGACGUCAUUUAGGCCUAAAGAAAAAUAUUGGAAUAUGAAAAUUGAUUGAAAAUGAAUUUUAUCGGUGAUUGCCUUUUGCUGCGGAAAAUCGAAACGAUUGAAAUCAAAGUGGACGAACGCUGUGAUCUAGCGCACUAUACGUGUCUAAUCUCGGAUCUUGAUAUUCGUCUCAUUUUCAUUUUAUAAAACAUGAUCAUUUUUUUUGUGCUGGCGCAAAUGUACGUACUAACAAAAUAAAUCGUUUACACUAUA